AUUCUUUUUUAAUAGGACGGUACAAAAGCUGAUCCCGAGGCAGCGCGUUCGAAAGCGGAUGCAGUCCCGACCAGUCGUUGCUUCAUUUCCAGAAGAAGCCUCUACCGCAUACACAUGACAGCGACAUUUUUGCUCUUUCUCCUCGCGCUGCUGAUUCUGCUUAUCGGCAUGAUCGGCGGGCUGUACAUCUACAAACAGUACGCGAGGACUCAGAUGCGCAGAUUCCGCACCGGCUGGUACAGCAUUCCGUAUGACAGCUCGAAUAAAGCGUCCUACGGCAAUAACGCGGUCCAUCAGGGACUGCUGGCCGACUCCGAUCUCUUCACGAAGAGUCUCACCAGAGCCAUGGAGCACGACAGCAUGCUGGACAUCGCGAAGAACUUCGAACACGAUAUCGAUAAUUUCUUCAAGGAGAGAUUCGAGAUCGAUCUUGAGAAUGAGCAUUACGAGAAGAUCGACGUGCCUGAUUUCCGCGGCGGGCGACAAGGCCGCUUCAUACACGACUUCAACAUUAAUAAGACAGGUAUCAUAGAUAUCGACGGUCAGUGUUGCUUCGUCAUGCCACUGAAUCGUCAGCGCGUGUUGCCGCCUCGUAACAUGUAUGAUCUCCUUAGAAAAAUGUACAACGGCUAUUACGAAGUGGACACCGCGGUCGUACGCGAAACCAUGAAAGUAGUCACACCGCCAAUCACCGACAUGUCAAUCGUCGGAACGUACAUAGCGCGCGAAUGCCAAGACUUGCCUACCUACAUGCUGGAGAAAGUGAACGCUUCUAGCAUUGUGAAACGCAGCGCAACGCAGUGCGGCGUGUUCGGACAGUUCGCCGGCAACAGUAUUAUGGAGGUCGAUAUCGUGAAUUUAGAUGACUUCGAAUGAAACUAAUGAGAAAUUGAGCGGUGGGAAUUUUCAAUUAUUCUAGAAUAUAUUAAAACUACCAGUAGAUCAAUGUAUAAAAAUUAUAAGCUGUCCAGGGCAAACCUAGGUAAAUAUUCCGUCGAGUUUUAGAAUACUUACUUUGCAUUUUUGUUUGUACGUCAAUUAAUUUUUUGUCCUCAGGAUUUCCCUAAAUUAUGUUUCAGAUGUAUACAUACUCCCAUUUAUCGGGAUCUUCAUUACGAGUCUUUCCAAUUCUAUUAGUUAUUCCAUUUUCUAUUAAUUUCAAAUGAUGAACAUAUGAUGCAAGUACACGAUUUAUUAUAUUAUCGGAAGUAUAUAAUAAUAAUCAUGAGAAACUCCUUUAUAUCAUGAGAGGCUAAACGUGAAUGACUGAAUCGUUAUAAAGAAAAAAAAGAUGCAAGAAGUCUGGUCUAGCAGGAUGAUGCAUUAUCUGCAGGUUCUUAUAGAAAAAUUAAUAUUUCUUCCAUAUUCUCGUGGUAUAUUAUUCACAGAUAGCGAAUACGGUGUUACGUCAUAGUGAACGUUUAUUAUGGAUUCUGGUACACAGCUUGUUGACUAUAUUUGCGAAUGUCUGCGUUGAGGAAAAAAAAAGCGAUGAAACCAGUAGAAUAGCCGUGCUAAGUGGUUACGCUUACGAUGCAGUUUUAUGAUACGUUAUUAUUAGCGAAACUAUAGAUAUAUUCAUUUGUUUGAAUUCUACUUUAGAAAAUCUACAGCUCGCGUUACGAACAACGCUUGUGCGAGCUCGAAUUAUUGAAUUCGAAUUAGUAAAGCACGAAUUAUUAUAAUAUCGCAGAAGUGAAGAUUAUUUUCAAAAUACGUUUCGAUAAGAUAUAUUGGAUAUUUUGCAAUUGUGAUUAAUACGUAAAACAUGGUAAACCAUUUACAAGAUUACUAUGACUAUAUAAAUAUUUUUACAAAACGUUUGAAUUGAAAAAAAAAACGCAGAAGUGACACACAAGAGUACCGAGGGAAAUCUUUGGUGUGUUUGGACAUUCCAUAUAAAAGACUUGCUUAUCUCUUUCUGCAUUUCUAAUCGUGAAAAAGUUUCAUACUCGAAAACUUUAUUGAAUAUUACGAGUAUUUGACGAGUGUUAAGAAUAGAGUAUUUUAAAUAUGUUUUAUGUACAAGUUCAUUGCCAAUUUAUCAUGUACGAAAGCUGGAGCUGAGAACCAGAACCGUAGAUAAGGAUCGUGACUGAAUGCAAUUUUGCCAUUAGUCUACUUGGAUGCAUCGUCACACGUAUACAGAGAGAAACCUGUUUUUAUUUUUUUUUUUUUAAUAUUCUGUUACGCGCAUACGGCAUUUAAUGUCGGCAAACGUAUCCAGGUACUCGGAUAUUAGUCUUAAAUAUUGCAUGCUAUAGAUAUCCAAUAUUAACACUAUAAAGUAACUUUCUUUAAGUUUUUCCAAUCAGGAUACUUUAGACUAAAAAUAAUGUGCGCAUAAAAAUGGAUCUAAGAUUUUAGUAGCAGAUCGGAAAGAAAAAAAAUUCUAGUCUGUCUUGUCGUCAUUAUUUAUAAUUGAAAUCGAAAUUGAAAGGCCAAAUUAUUGUUACAGAAUGAUUUUUACGUAUAAAUUAUUGGAAUAUUUACCAAAAAUUAUAAUAUAUAUGGAUGAAAGUAUUGAUUUUUAUGUAUAAAUUGGAAUAAAUAUUAAUACGAAAAAUUGUAAUAUAUGAAAAUGUAUUUCCAAAUCAAUUAUAAGAAAGGCUUAAUUCUUUAAUACUCACAUAGAAAGGACUUAUUCUUUUUGCAAACAAAUUGCCGAGAUGAAAAAAAAUACGUACGUAUUAAUAUAUGCACAGAUUAUGUGUUAUGGACCGAGUGCCUGAACAUAUAUAAUUCUUUGUAUUAUUUAUAUAUAGUAUAUAUUAUUAUUUGUAUUAUGUACUCUUGCUUGUAUUAUCAACUCUGCAAUAAACAAACACGCAAAUGUAUAAAUAUGCGGCGCGUACACGUCGUUUUAAAUGUCCGUAGACGUAGAGAUUAAACAUUGGUGGCAAUAAAUAGCGUAAUGAUUAGAGUUCCACCACCGAUUUUCAAGUGGGGAAAGAAAUAUCUUGUUAAUAUCAAUUAGCUUCUGUUAAUUCCACGACGACGCGUAAUUUUGUCUGCGCAAGAAAAACUUUAUUAUAGAAUUGUUACACGAUUCACUGUCACAUUUCGUGUGAUUGUAGUUAAGUUCCUAUAGCCACUAUUUAUAUCUUCAUAAGUUUGAGAAGUUUCCUUAGCUUCAUAGCGUUAAAAAAAAACCAAAUUUGUAAAACUGUACGCGACAUUAAUUGUAAAGUCUGACAAGAAAAUAAAUGAUACAUAUGAA